GAACUCUAGUAAGCGAUGUUUCCAGGGGACGGCAAAUCUAACUGAUUGAAAAUCAGUACGACAGAAAUUUGAUUACAAUAUUAGUACCCUGCAAAACUUUUAGGAAAAACUUGCACGUCUCUUCAUUCCACCGUCCUUUCCAUAACUGUCAGUUGCGGAAGCCAAAUUCGUGUCAUUGUUUCUUUCCUGUUUAGUGAAGUGAAUCGGCGGAAAUAGUGAUGACAGAGAAGACGAUCCAAUUUAGCAUCGAUCUGGUGGAAGCAGCCCUUAAACACCGUCAGUUCUUACAGCUCGUUGACGCCUAUCCAAGCCUGUAUGCUGGACCACACGUUCAGAAUGCAAUCAGGAGAUAUGAACUGUUCUGGUUGUCACUGGCUGCUCAGUCGUCCGUCACUGAAGACAUCGCAGCACCUCUCGACAUUGCCUGGGUGUGGCAUGUACACAUGUUGUCGCCUAUCAGUUACGAAAAGGACUGCAAUUAAGUUGUUUCAACUCUGGUGGAUCAUAAGAUCCUAGUCGGAGAACAACGUACAAGAGGACUCGAAAGAGCCAGGAAUUUAUGGAAGCAGUUUUAUCCUAGUGAACCUUUUGAAGUUGACCUGACGACCUCUGUUGAUAAAACGCCUGAUUUUGAGUCGAAAAUUGAGUAUGACAUAACAGCGGCCUGCGGUCGGCAGAGGGUGUUUUACUAUCAGGUCUCUUUACCUCAUUAUGGGGACUAUAAGCUCUUGAGCAGAGCAUUGGACCGAUAUAAACAGCACCUCGUUCUCAAACAAGAAAAUCCAGAUCUGUUCUUCGUACCAUGCUACGACUUUGACCUCAUUUGGCAUGCGCAUCAGGUACAUCCGCUGAUAUACCAGAAGGACACCGCUAAAGUCCUAGGAAAGGUGCUCAACCACAAUGAUUCUGUGAACGACCGCCGGCCUGGCUCAAAGCUAUCAAGGUCUUACGAAACAACGCGACAGAAAUGGAAAGAAAUUGGUCAGGAAUUUGCAGUGAGGGGCGUCAUGUUCCGUGGGGAGCCCCCGCUUUCGACAAGCGUCCAAGCUGAACCGAUGGAUUUCAUUGGAGUGGCAGCGCCUGAGUUCACCGUGAAGCUGACUCGGCUAGAAGUUGAAGGCCUCCCAGAAUCUAAAUCGUACACAGUCAAAAUUGAUGUCAUAAAUGGUGAACAAGUUCUUAAGAGGCGUGUUCGUGGACCUGCUGCGAGUUUGUACAAUUCUAUUAAUGCGCUAUCGACGUUCAAGUUUAACGCAAUGGAAAACAACGGCCUUCGGGUUCAUAUUUACCAACAAAGGCGUUGCCCCUGCGUAACACAGCCACUCGAUGUAUCUGCCCACUAUGGGUUGGGGAGUGUUGGAGACCCCAACGGAGGCCCCGUGGAGACUGAAGCACAAAACCACGAAUUAGUGAUUGCUGAUAAUAUCAUCGUUCGGUUUACUACAACUAGACGUGUUAAUUACCACUUCACGGUCAUACCAGAAAAGAAUUUCAGCACAGUGCAGCAUCCUGCCCAGAUUUUGAGCUCGCCAACGCUAAUCCUUUCUCCGCUGUCUCUAGCUCAAUCUUCAGCACCUUGCGCAUUGUCAGUGCAUCGGAUAUUCGACUAUGGCAAGCGAGAAGUGUUCACCUGCCGAGUUAUGCACUCCGCUCAGCUGCUGUUCUCUUAUGCGGAGGUCAUCAACCGUGCUGGGCGAGUGGUAAGCACUGCGCAUCUCAUCCAGAGUGACGUAAUUCCAACGAGAGAGCAAGUGAAUAAUCCAGAGAAAUGCUGCACCAUGAAUGAGAAGGCAGGAGAAAGAGCAAUCCUUAUAAGAGGGAGCCAAAACUGGGGUAUCUGCGUUGGCAAAUGGGAGGGGUUUGUUAGGGGUGUUCCUGGUGUGCCUGGGGUGAAAGGAACGCCCGAGAAGCACGGUGUCAAGGGAACUCCGGGUACAAUGGGCCAGCCUGGACGUCUGUCCAUCAAGUUCUUUUCUCUUUUUGGAACGUAUGAGUGGAAACACGUAGAGAAACGAGGAGACAAGUUCUCGAUAGGCCUUCUGGGCAAGAAGAUAGCAGUCGACGUUAACCUUCGAACGAGCGAGAUUUCGUUUCCACCAGAGGUGCAUGACGUACCGGAAGCAAUUGCGCUCGGAUUUUCAGUAGCCAUUCUUCAUCUGUUGUGUCAGCCAUAUUCCCCGAGAGAAAGGACCAACAACUUGAAACCAUCAGCGGUGUCGUCAGGCCUGCGCAGCAAGCCAAGCAGGAUCCGCAACGAGGACCUCAUCCUUGUAGUGGCAGCAGGGUACUAUGCCGACAGUUUACCGACCAACUCGGGUGGGUGUGGGGGUUGCGGUGGUUGCGGUGGUUGUGGUGGUUGUGGGGGUUGUGGUGGGUGUGGUGGAUGUGGGGGUUGUGGUAGUGGUAGUGAUGGUGGUAGUGAUGGUGGUAGUGAUGGUGGUAGUGUUGGUGGUAGUGUUGGUGGUAGUGUUGGUGGUAGUGAUGGUGGUAGUGUUGGUGGUAGUGAUGGUGGUAGUGGUUUUAGUAGUUAA